CGCACAUCCAUCCCCGCCCUCCUCCCUCUUUCUCUCAGCGCGCGCUCCCUCUCCUCCCCCCCACCCCUUCUCCUGUCACCCGCGCAGCGCGCGCGCUCCAGCCAGCCCCUUCCCCUUCAUCGCCGAGAAUACAUGUUGGAUCCGCCGCCGCCGCGCGCCCUCCAGCCCAGCCCGCCCCGCGGGACGCGCCGACGAUUCAGCCGCAUUUUGUUCUUUUUGCUGCUGUUUAAACAAUGGACCGGCGCGCUCGCUGUGGUCUGACGCGUUAACCGUAACGUCCUCUUUAUUUAUUAUUUUUCCAGCCUUCAAAUAUGAAUCAUGCGUCUGAUGUUCCUGCCGAGUCUGCUCGCUAGCCUCCUGAUAGCCCUGCUGCAUCCCAGCUCCGCGGCGGCAACCGUGUCACCCGGCGUGCAGAAUGAAGAGGAGUCGAGGCCGACGGACAGCGAUGGCAGCAGGACUCAGAGAGAGCACGAGCAUGAGGUGGCCGUCACCUACCCGUCACGGCUCGUGUACUACCUGAACGAGGAGGCGGAGAGCGCACACCACGACCUGGACACCCGCACGCGCAACCAAGCCGACGGCCAGGCUGUUCACUUGGCCCAGGCAAGUUUCCAGCUGGAUGCCUUCGGUUCCACUUUUAUACUGGAUCUCACGUUAAACAAUGAUUUGCUCUCUUCAGAUUAUGUUGAGAUCCACUACAAAAAAGACAAACCAGUUUUGUCGAAGGGAGGGGAACACUGCUACUACCACGGAGAAGUCAGAGGAAACAAAGCCACGCGAGUGGCUCUGUCGACUUGCAAUGGGCUUCAUGGAAUGUUUGAUGAUGGGGUGUUUGUUUAUCUCAUCGAGCCCCUAAAUCAGACUCACUCCACGGAGACAGAGUCUCGACCCCACACCCUGCGGCGGACGUCAUCGCUCCGUAUGGGCCGUGACCCUGCUGGUCUCGCUGACGAGGUGCAGGGAGAGGAAGAGGAGGAUGAAAAACAGAUCUUCUCCGACAUGGCGUGGCUAAGGCGGCGCAGAAAACGAGCGGUGCCACAGAAAUUUUUUGAUGAAAUGAAGUACCUGGAAAUUAUGAUCGUCAGUGACCACAACACGUUUAAGAGGCAUAACAGCAAAAAACAUGCCAAGAACUUUGCCAAAUCAGUGGUUAACCUGGUAGAUGCUAUCUUUAAGGAACAGCUGAACACGCGUGUAGUACUCGUUGCGGUGGAGAUCUGGACAGACAGGGACAGAAUUCCUCUGAGUGUGAAGCCUCUGGAAAUGCUCAGAGAUUUCUCCAAAUACCGGCAGCAGAACAUCCGUGUUAAUGCAGAUACUGUCCACCUCUUCACAAACGUCACGUUUCAUUACGGCCGGAGUAGCGUGGCUUAUAUCGGUGGGGUGUGUUCAAUAGGACGAGGAGUGGCCGUAAAUGAGUUUGGAAGUACGUGGACAAUGGCUGCAUCUCUCUCUCAGAGCCUGGCACAGAAUUUGGGUAUCCAGUGGGACCCUGUAAUCAAAAGGAAGGAGUGCGGCUGCAUGGAUUCGUGGGUGGGGUGUAUAAUGGAAGAUACUGGAGUACAGCAUCCUCGAAGGUUUUCCAAAUGCAGCAUUACUGAUUACAAGAACUUCCUGCUCAGGGGAGGAGCUUCCUGUCUGUUUAACAGACCCAACAGGCUCUUUGAAGUUACAGAGUGUGGCAAUGGAUAUGUGGAGGUGGGAGAAGAGUGCGACUGUGGUGCCAGGAUGGAGUGUUAUAAAGACUGCUGUAAGAAGUGCUCUCUCUCUAAUGGUGCUCACUGCAGUGAUGGGCCGUGUUGUAACAGCACCUGUCUGUUCAUUCCGCGGGGGUACAGCUGCCGUUAUUCUGUGAACGAUUGCGAUAUUUCAGAGACUUGCACUGGAGACUCAGGACAGUGCCCUCCUAACCUUCAUAAGCAGGAUGGCUACCCUUGUCAGAUUAACCAGGGUCGGUGCUAUGGUGGCGAAUGUAAGACAAGGGACAGCCAGUGCAAAUACAUCUGGGGUCCAAAGGCAGGGGGCUCAGAGAAGCACUGCUAUGAAAAGCUGAACACCGAGGGGACGGAGAAAGGGAACUGUGGAUCAAACGGAGAGAAGUGGAUCCCCUGCAGUAAACAUGACGUGUUCUGUGGGUACCUUCUGUGCACCAACAUCGGCAGAAAUCCGAGGAUUGGGACUCUGAAAGGUGACAUUACCCCCACCACAUUCAACCAUCAGGGGCGACUGAUAGACUGCAGCGGCGGCCGCGUCCUGUUGGAUGACGACACUGAUCUGGGUUAUGUGGAGGAAGGGACACCGUGUGGUCCCUCCAUGAUGUGCCUUGACCGGAAGUGUGUACCCAUCUCCUCUCUCAACCUCACAGCCUGUCCGUCAGGACCUGAUGGACGUGUCUGCUCUGCACACGGCGUGUGCAAUAAUGAAGCCACCUGUACCUGCGACUCCACAUGGGCAGGAACAGACUGCAGCAUGCAUGAUCCACCGAAAGAGCCACCUGUAGUGGAAGACGAGGGUCCUAAGGGUCCUAGCGCCACCAACCUUAUCAUAGGCUCCAUCGCGGGGGCCAUCCUGAUGGCAGCCAUAGUGCUGGGGGGGACGGGAUGGGGAUUUAAGGUGAGAGUAUGAGCGAAGAGGGGUGGAGGUUGUGUUGUAGGCAGCCUUUGUACCAUGGCUGGCUGCCACGCCCUCUUUACCUCCCGGAAGGCCCUGGGGCCCCAGAAAACCUAGAACAGAGCAAGACCCCUCACCCCCCACCCGGACUCGCCCGACACUGCUGCCUUUACUGCCUGCUUCACUGAGACCUGGUACAGACACACUGCGCUGCACUGCACCUGCAUGCUUCCCCCCCACACUCAACGAUAAGUGGCGUCUCCUGCCUAACCUCUCUAUGGACAGGUGCAUGUUAAACUGCUGGGAUGCCCCACAUCAAGCCACACUACAGGGAGAUUGUGUCUAACCCCACCCCUGUCAGUUUUGUUGUACUUGUUGCCUUUCUUGUCGUUCCUGGUGGCAUCGUCGUCGUUCGUGUUUGUGGGUGUGACAUCCUGUGCGAUCCUCGGUGUUGUAGACUGUUUUUUCCCUGUUUUUUUGUUGUUGUUGGUGUUCUCUCCCAGGAGGUAAUGUUGUUUUACCACAUCUCUCCUUGUCUUUUUAACUCACACUCACUCACGCUCUGUGAAGGAGAACUGCUUAUACCCGAGGCAACCCAUCAACGUCAAACUAAGCAUUUAUCUUAAAAUUUAAGCAAACUACAUUGUGAAAAAAACUUUAAAAACAAAGCUUUAAAAAAAAAAAAACGAAUAAACAUAUAAAGUUGUUGGAUCCUUUAAAUCACUACUGAUGCUAAAGCACUGUUUGACUUGGAUUAGAUUAGUUUGAAGAGGUUCAGUAAUGAGAUUUCUGAAGGAUUUGAUUCAGUGUUGUACUGAAGUCUAACUUUUAUAUAUAGGAGAACAAAAAAAGGCUAUGAGUUAAAGGGAAAACGCAAGUGAGUUGAAAAUGGAAGAGAGUGGUGUGUAAGGGUUUCAGUGGGGAAAUAGUGAGGUAAUAGGUAUAGAUAUAUAGAUGUAAACGAUAUAUACAUUUUUGGACUGAUGACUCAUCGAGCUUACAAAUUGAACAAAUUCAGUUGUAAAAAAUUGUAAAAAGUUGGAUUCAGUAUUAUCAAUUCUGAUUUCGGUUUAAACGGCCAAAUCAGAAAUAAGGCGACUUUUACUUUUAAGGGAAAAUGGGCAACAGCAGUGAACAGUUCAGUGGUGGAAUAAUGAGAUAAAAGAUCUCAUAAAUGUAAACUGAUCUCUGUUCCAAUAAUAUUAGACAGCACAUUAGGUUGUAAAAACAGUUUGAGAAAAAAAAAAACUUUGAAAAAAAUGCACAUUGAAUCCUUUAAAUCAGUAUUGAGGCUUGAGCACUGUUUUAGAAGGUUCAGUAGUGUGAGAUUUGUAACAGAUUUGUUUGGCUGAUUCAAACUGGAUACAAAAUACACUUAUAAGCUUAAACAUUAUGAUUGCUUGCUAAUUAUGAUGUUAGACCUCUUUAGCUACAUUCACACAGCAGAUAAAAGUUGCCCAAGGAUAUAUUAUCAGUUCCUAUUUGGACCACUGUAAUAUAUAUGUGUUACUAAAAUCCUAUACAUUUAAAAUCAUAGCAAUGCAACUCCUUCAACUUUACGUAAAAUAUAAGGACAAAAGCAUUUUUAGUUAAAACAUAUAAGCUGGUUUACAGACCUCUUAAAUAUUUGAACUGAUGUCUCUGGUCCACUAAUAUUAGAAACCAUUUAACUUAAUAUAAAAAAAUUAAAUAAAAUUACAAGAGACACUUGUUUGAAUUGAAAUUAUUGUAGAUGGUUCAGUAGUAUGAUUUGUUUGGAUGAUUCAUAUUAUGAUGUUAACCCUCCAAAAGUGGCCAAAACUGUCUACUCUACAAAACUUCUGCAAUGUGGGUGUCAGUAGACCAGUCAAAAUAGCCUGUUGCUGAUUUGUGAUUUGUCUGUCAGUUAUUGGACCACUAUUAGCAGAUACUCAACACUGCUGACUGGGUGCCCCCUUUGCUCCCCAUUCAGAGGUGCUCCAAUCCACUUAAUUUCACUCUCAUCCUGCACAUCAACUACAAAACCCACUGUUCAACUACAUUCUAAGAUAUAUCCUAGACCCUGAUGUCCACCAUUGUAACAGCAUCAGGAAUCAGCACUUUAUCUGCGAGUGAUUAUAAUGUUUUGACUUAUCAGUGUAAAUUCUACUCUACUAGGCCUGUCACAAUAAAUACAUUAGCGUAUAAUUGCAUGUUAUUGUACAAUAUAUGGACAUGAACAUAAUAAUAUUUUUUGACCUUAAGGGUAAUUUUUUAAGUGACACUAUAAAACAAAUUAAAAAAUGGAUUUAAUUAAGCAAACAGGUAAGAUCAUAUUGGAUAAUUACUGCAUAUGGAUAAUUCCUGAAUAUGAUAGAUGUGUAAUGUAUGUGUAAUAGUCAAAGUAAGAGCAUUUCCACAAUUUCCAUACGCGCAAUGUGAAGGAAACUCAAAGGAUGUCUAAAUAUUUUAAAUUAGCUAAAUUUCAUCACUCUUUAAAAUGAUAUAAUUAUUAUUUUAUCAUUAUUGUGUUACAGUAUUAUCAUUGUAGGAGUGGUAUAACAUGUUAAACAUCUUAUAACAUAAUUUAUUGCAGUUAUUUCUUGGACAAUGGGUAUAGUUAUCGUGACAGGUCUCUACAGAGUCUCAAACCCAAGAAUUCAUCCAAAGUAGACUGCAUUAAUUUUGCUGUUAAUACCAGGGCACAAUUGAUUUGGUUUUGUGUACUUGUGUGCAUGUUCACAGUCUUUUCAUUAAGUGUAUUUUUGUGUUGCAACAUGCAAAAGCACAGUGCGCAAAACCUUCUAAACACAAUCUUACAAUAAAUAAAGACAAACAGUGCUGUGAAAAUGUUUAACUAUUAUUGCAUAUUUGACAAAGUGAAUGACUUUCAAUCUUUGAGUAAAAUGCAAUAAUAUACAAGAUUUUUUAAAAUUAUUAUUAUUAUCAUUUAUAUAGCGACCAAGUAUAAAUGAUACAAAUCAUCCACACUUAAAAUAAAUUGCCAUAAAAAUUGUAUUUCAGGAUAAAAAAAGAUUAAAACAACAUUUCUUAAGUUGAAAGACAUCAUCAAAUCCCAGUGGGAGUCAUUACCUUGCGAUAAAGUCCCCAAAAAAGUGGGGUGCCAAAGUGGUGGAACACACUUCUUUGAUUGGCUCAUGUUUACAGAAAAGCACUGACAUUCACUGUCAGUUUUAACUACUGGGGCAUAUUUAUUUAUAUAUUUAUUAUAUAUUUGCUUCUGCUUGCCUUCAGCAGCCAGAGUGUGGGAAGCACAAUGUGCCAUGUUCUCUUUGUGUGGGAACAUGUUAUUCUAUUAUUAGAAAACUGCUGGUUUGUUUCCCUGUUUAUAGAUUAGAAGCAUUAAUCUUUACCCUAUUAGACCUGGUAUCAUCUUGUGGUAGGGAGUUGUAACUAGUGAGUGGGAACUGGAAUUGAAUAAACUGGGGAGAAAUUUGGUUAAAUCUUUUAAAAUAGCUUAAUUUGUUUUACAGAUGUGAUAUAAAAGUAUGUAAAUGUUUCAGUUUUGUUUGAGAAUUAUAAAAAGGAGGAAGGUGUUUUUUUUCACAGCACUGUAAAGCAUUUAUUCGUAGCUAUUAACGGAUUUUGUUAGAUUCAUACAGGAUUCAAAUGACAGAUCUCGUCUGUAAUAAUUUAUAUUGCUGUACCUCUGCAGUUUCUCUAAUCUAGCUCAAAUAGGAUUAUAUACAAGUACUUAUAUUAUACUUUAUGUAAGUAUGUUUUAUAUGAAGAUGGUUGUUGCUGGGUUGCUGAGGUUGAGUUGUUCAGUGUCCCUGUAGGACGGUACUGGUGUAUGUUGAUGGUUCUGGCAUUGCCUUUACUAACUCCUGUAUCUUUUGCCCCUCCCUGCCCACACCACCAAGAAACGUCAAGAAAAGACGAUACGAUCCAAAUGCCAGUGCUAUCUAGAAGAGAACUGGAGACUGCAGCCUUGCCUUGCGGAUUCCCCCGGUUUCUGACAGCGAGCUACCUGCUGGACUGUGCCCUCUCCUGCUGCUAACAGCCAGUUAGCGUUACUUGAAAAAAAAAAGAAAAGAAAAGAAGAGAAAGGGACGGCAAGGAGGAAAAGAACAGUCAGUAAUUUUCCACCAAAAGUCACGCACACAACGCCUGCCCGAGAGCCCUGCUCUCGUUCAUCACUUUCGGCCCAUCACUUUAAAGAGGACCAGUGGGAGGUACGCUUUCCUUUCCGGAUCAUUCUGAACAUUUGAUUUGUUUUCAGUCUUGGCAUGAUCAGCCCUGGCUGUGGCAUUUUGCAUGGCAGAGGAGGUCGGUCACCAUCUCAACAAUGCAAAACAAAAAGAAGGUAAAGAUUUUUCUGUAUAAAUGGUGACGUAGAGAUGAGCCAUUGAGCAUUGAAUAUGAUGCAUUCAACCAAAUGACUCUAGCAGUCUCCAGGACUGAUGAACGAGCCUGGGAUGCCUAACGACUCCAAUUCAUCAUGAAAAAGACUCAUAAAAGGUUGAGAUGACAGACAGGAUUUUGACUUAAACACAGAUUUAAACUGCUUUUUCUUUCCAACUCUAGCAUGUUGUACUGCGGGAAUUUUCUGCCAUAUUAACCAGAAAAGAGAAAACCAAAUGAAGACGGAUUGCGGCAAUGUGGCAACCAGCAGUUUCUAAAGCUGCUCCAUUCACUCUAAAGUCUGGGUGUAGUAAAAACACACACACACAAAAUACACAUAAACACACAUAAACACACGUGUGCACACUAGGACUUGGCAUUAUUUUAAGCAAGGCAAUUGACAAUACAUUGUGAGAUUGUUUAAUACAUUUUUUGGAACAUUGACUAAAAUAGUAUAAAAUAAGUAUUAAAAUACUUAAAAAACGUGAACAAAAGAAAAGUUAAUUUUUUUAAGCAAUCAGAAAGGUGGGAUUGGAAGACACAAUACAAUGCUAUCUAGUGGACGGGGUUUAGCACAACACAAAAUGAAUCACUUCUGACACCAAUCUUUACAACCAAACUAAUAUUACUAAUAAAUAUAGUACUGCAAAACAAAAUAUCUUGGAUAUGUAACUUAUUGAUAUGUGACAUAUCAAUAUAUAAAAACUCUACACCGCUAGUGCAAGCACACACACAUACAUACAUGCACAAACACAGACACAAUUGUUUAUGCCUGGUUACGUCAAAUAACUGUUCCCCGUUCUUAUAAGUUUCCUAUACGGCCUUGUAGGACUGCCCCGUGCGGAAUGUUCUUUCAGCUAAUCCGAAAGCUGCAUGAUGUAAUUGCACUGGGGCGGAGCCCACACAGCCCGCCACGCUUCUUAAGGUAAAUUGCAUGUCAACGGAGAAAAAAAAAAAAACAGAGGUUAACUUUUA